AUGUAUGGUGACCAGGCAAAUAAACUCGUACUAGAUGCAAAGCGAUUCUCCAAUUUGCCAAGCAUACCUAUGUACCAAUCCGACCUUGUAAGAGAUAUUGUGAAAGAAACCAACGAUUUGAAUAAGGAUUCCGAGUAUUUACUCAACACUAUGGAAAGACUACAAAACGAAGAAGAGAAUGGAGAAACGAGCUCUCAAUUGGUUGAAGAUCAAAAAAUCAAUCAGUGUCAAACCUUCGUUACCCAUCUUUCAAUGAGGCGCAACAAGCGAUGUCUAUUGGCCUACGAAAAAGUCAGGAGUGAUAAGCUAGUUGAAUUUUCUUGGUUAAAUGUUGAUCCCAUGGACUCAGUUGCAGUAGGCAAUGAUAUGGAGAGACUGGGAGCAUCUACAGCAGGUGGCGCUGGACCAAGUGGGAGACCAAGUGGAAGUGAUUCCAGGGCAAGUACCACAACUGGCACCACAGCCGGUACCACAAAUGCUACUAGCAAAAACAGUAUGACGCUUCCGCCAGCAAAAUCUAUUCCAAAUUUUACUACACAGUUGGACACAAACAAUUUAAAUCAUUUCGAGCAAGAUUUCUUCAAAAAUUAUCAAGACUUAAUAAUGAACUAUAGACUGAAAUUUGGCGAGUAUCUCGAUCUCAUGGGCGACCUUCAGCCUCCCACAGAUAUCUUCAUCGAUGUGCGGUGCCUAAAAGAUGGUGGUGAUGUUACCACCGAAUACGGAUCUUUCAAUUUGAUCAAGGAUUCGCAGUUUUAUGUUCGAAAGAGCGAUGUAGAGAGAUUGAUUCAACAAGGAUACCUUGAAGAAAUUUAG